GAGCAGCACAAGCACGCACACCGCAAAGGUCCUGAGCUUUGUUUGUUUGGUUUUGUUAAAGCCGCAAAAAAAUAAAUAAAUAAUUAAAAAAAAGAAAAAGGCGGGCAAAUUGCCAACAAAUUCAAAGCAGCUGCAUAGUUGAAGUUAAUAAAAAAAAAAAACAGAAGUAAAGAAAAGCAUCGCGUCACCGACAUGGAGUUCAACAAUCGUUUGCUAUUGAAGAUCAUUGAAUUGGGCAUUGCCAUUGCCUGCAUUGUCUUGAGCGAGGUCGUUGGAAAACUAUCGGAGCAUCCGCUUAUCGUCUUCGGUACCAUUGGCGGAUUCACCGUUAUUUGUGGCGUACUGCUCAUCGGUCACAUCCUCAACUCGAUUGUAGAGAAGCGUCUGAAUGCACUCUUCUCGCUGCUGGGCUGCGUCUUCUUCGUGGUGUCCGGCGCUUUGGUGAUCGAUGAGUGGCACGAUAGCUUCGAGUUCAUGAAGGAGCGCAAACGUAAUGCCCUCGCUGCCGGCUCCCUGAUGAUCAUCAAUGGCGCCGUCUUUCUACUGGAUACUCUAUCCAUUUGCAGAACGUAAAGUGUUUUUGAAACUCGCUUGCAACCCAUACACCGCUACAUAUCCAUAGAUAUUUGUAUUUGUAUCUUCUUUUUUUUUUAAUAUUGUGCUAAAUCGAAAUUCUCAUCAUGGACGCUUCUGUGUCUCAUAUGCUAAAAGUUCGAAAGUAAGAAAAGAAUCUGAAAACACACACAGGUCGUCUAAAGCUAUCAAAAUAUUAUAUACAUAUACAUACAUAUAUGUAACUAUAUAUUUGUGUGCGUAAUAUAUAUAUAUAUAUAUUUUUUUUUUUGUACUUGUCUAUUUGAUAUGUAAUGUAUUUUUUGUGAAUCUUUAUAUAAACAUAAAUAUACAUAUUUGUAUUUACUACUAUAAGCACAGAUGGCGAACUCAGCUGAAUAACAAAUUGUUAACAGGAAUCCAUUAAAUAUAAACACACACACAUA